AUGCGCCAACCAGGAAGCCUUGCAGGGGGAGACAGUACCAAUGACAGCCUGGAUGAGUGGUCAGACCUCUGCAGUGACUAUGAGGAUGAACUAAGAACUGCUAAACGUAAGAAGUCCUCAGCAUAUGGGAUUCAGCCACCCAAGAGGUCCAGGCUUAAAGCUGCUGUGAGGGAGGUGUCCAGUCCCUCUGACAGCUUUGUGUCCACUGCUGACCUCCCCCCAGAGAAGCCGCCCCAGGUCAACACCAGGCGGGCUUCUCCUCAACAUGCGGCCAGAGCCAAAAAUGCCAACAAGAAUAUAACUGCAGAUGACAUCUAUAAUGCAGUGCUCUCUGGGAAAGGAGCCAUGGUGACGGUGGUGGACGAGUGGCUGGACACCUACAAGCAGAGUCGGGAGCUGGGACUUCUGGUGCUCGUCAACUUCCUGGUUCAGUCGUGUGGAUGUAAAGGUGUGGUGACUGAAGAAAUGUUCAGCUCUCAACAGCACGCAGAGAUCAUCAGCACCCUCACCAAAGAAUUCAAUGAGGAUUCAGUGAACUACCCGCUGUCGACCCCAGGUCCGCAGCUGAAGCGUUUCAAAGCAAAUUUGUGUGAAUUUGCCAAAGUCCUGGUUCGAUCGUGUCGCAACAGUCUGGUGUUUGACGAGUACCUGUUUCCUACACUGCUGGCUCUGCUCACGGGACUGUCGGACUCCCAGGUCAGGGCCUUCCGACACACCAGCACUCUGUUUGCCGUGAAGCUGUUGACUGGACUGGUAGAAGUUGCCGCUCACUUGUCAGUUCAGAUCCAAACUCUCCAAAGACGAUACGACAUUGAGUUUGGUAAGACAGCAUUUGAACAAACCCCUGAGAGACUGGAAGAGCUGCACGCCACCAUAAGUCAGCUGCAUGACAACAGAGAGGAGCUGGCGUCCAUCAUGAACGCGACAUUCCGGGGAGUGUUUGUGCAUCGCUAUCGGGACAAACUGCCAGAAAUCCGUGCUGCUUGUAUUGAGGAAAUGGGAAUGUGGCUGAAAACGGAUCCUGAGGACUUCCUCAACGAUGGAUGCAUGAAGUAUCUGGGGUGGACCCUACAUGACAAGCAAAGUCCAGUGCGUCUGCAGUGUGUGCGUGCCCUGCAGGGUCUGUACAAGGAGAAGGAGUUCAUUGGACGCCUGGAGCUUUUCACCAGCAGAUUCAAAGAGAGGAUACUCAGCAUGGUGCUGGACAAGGAACCUGACGUGGCUUUGGAAGUGGUCAAUCUGUUGCUGCUGAUCCAACAGAGCACAGAGGAGGGUCUAACCGAAGUGGAGUGUGGCCACAUCUACCCCCUUGUUUAUGCUUCUCAUCGCGGCCUGGCUUGUGCUGCUGCCAACUUCCUCUACCACAGAAUGGAGUGGAUGGCUGCUGAACAAAAACUAAAAAGUUUUGAGAAGGGCGCUGCUGCAUUCAUUCAGAUGGUCAUGGCUUUUUACAUCCAGUGUGAGUUUCAUGAACACGCUGCGUACCUGGUGGACAGUCUGUGGGAUGUGGCCGGAGCAGAGCUGAGGAGCUGGGAAACCAUGACUGCUUUUCUCCUAGAUGAAAACGGUAUUCAGGACGAGGAGGAGAGUGCGUUGAUCGAGAUCAUGGUGUGUGCCGUUCAGCGCGCAUCACAGGCCACACCACCUGUCGGCCGAGCACACGGCAGAAAGAUUCUGAGUGCGAAGGAUAAGAAGAUCCAGGACCAGGACAGGAGCCGCAUCACAGCACACUUCAUUCCACUACUUCCACAAUUAUUGGCAAAGUACUCGGCAGACGAAGCAAAGGUGACACUUCUCCUCAAAGUCCCCCUCUGUUUUGAUUUGGAGUUGUUCAGCAGCGCUCAGGGCAUGUCCAACCACCUGGAGAAUCUCCUGACUCAGGUCUGUGCGAUCGUGGAGAAGCACACAGACUCGUCCGUGUUGGAGGCCUGCGCACAUUUGGUCAGCAGUCUGUGUUCGGACUGCUACACGUUUUCCUCCCGCGCUCACACUGCUUUUGGUCAGCUGCUGGAUACACUCAGCGACUGCUUCAACAGCUACCUGAGCGAGCUGCUGCAGGGGAGCGCUGAUGAGGAUGAUGUGUACCAUGCGGCUGUUGCCUUGAAGAGAAUUGGGGCUUUGAGCUGUGCUAAAGAUCCCACCGCUUGGAAGCUGUUUGACGGCUGCCUCCAGCUCCUGAGCAGCCGAGUGGAGACUACAGAGGUGGAAGUGGAGCUCAUGGUUUCUGCGCUCAAAUGUGCCGCUUUCCAUUUGAUGUGGGCAAAAGUCAAUACAGUCAACUCCUCACUAAAACAGGCAGAGAUGAAGAUUCUUAAAAGAGAGGUGCGCUCCUUCUGUAAAGUCUGUCAGUCCUGUCUGUCUGUGACUGCAGCUGAAAUCAGAGAACAGGCGUUUGAGCUGCUGUGUGACCUCCUCCUGCUGUUCAGUGAGACGUCUGUGCGCUCUGAGCCUGAACUGCAGACACUGGUGCAUCUGCCCUCGGACUCCCUGCGCUCUGAAAUGGCUGCUUUUCUGGUGGAUUAUGUCUUCACUGACGAUGAGGAGCUCAAUGAAGUUGGCGAGGAGGCAAAGAUAGCCAGACUCCAGAAGAAACGCAAUCAGCUGGCUGGUUACUGCAAACUCGUCAUGUAUGGAGUUCUGGACCUGGCGGCUGCAACAGAUGUUUUCAAACACUACAGCAAGUAUUUUAAAGAUUAUGGCGACAUCAUUAAGGAGGUAAUAAGCAAGAGCAAACUCAUCAAUCCAGUGCUGAGUGCAAAGACCGUGUGCCUGAGUUUGCAGCAGCUUUUCUCCGAGAUGCUGACAGAGGAGCAGAGCAAACAGGAUCUUGGGGAAAUUCGAGAUCUUGCAAAGAGACUCGCGAUGAGUUUUGGCAUUGACCUGCAUCGUGCCCGCGCACCACUGGUGGCUUUGCACAUGGAUGGUGUUGGCUUCGCGUUUCGAGCCUCAGCAGAAGAAGAGCUGCAGAAUGUGCCGUUCCUGGAGAUCCUCACAGAGUUCAGCUUCAAGCUGCUGCCGAAAGAUCGCGCACAAAUCGCUUCACAUGUGAAAUCCCAGUGUCCUGAUGCUGCCCUCUGCUGGUCGCCUGUCAGAAUGUACCUGCGCUCGCUGGAGUCGCGUUCCAAGCCCAAGGAUCAUGGAGAAGGACUGAGCGCAGUCACUUCUGAUCAGAACAGUCCUCUGCCAAAGCGAAAACGAACCACUGUUAAUGCAUCAGCGUUGGACAGCAGCGGCGUCCACAGCUCUCUCACUCCGGUCCUCAGUUCCACUGUCCUGAAGGAACCUUCGAAAGCUCUGGCCUCUGGGGACCACGGGGGCGGUCUGUCGUCAGAGCCACUGUCUGAGGACGACUUCUCCACCACCCUCAGCACGUCGCUUCUUCCCGGUCGGUCCCAGACGAGCACUCGCCGUCUGCCCACUGUCCGACAGGCCGAUCUGAACUCCCACCUCACCUUGCUGUCUCUCAUUGACGACGUGGAAGAAGAAGAGCCUGACAUUGAAGACUUUGCCAGCGACAGCAGCAACACGACCGACUCACAGCACCUCACGACACCAAGCGUUCUGGACACUCUCUUUGACUGA